UCUUGUUAAACGAGAUUGUUUGGUAACAGUGAUAGUUAUUCUUGACAGAAGGACAUAGGCCUAAUGUCCAUAGCCCCAAACGUAUUUAACCGUAUUUCGCCAUGCCGCUGAGGGGCCUUUUAAGCCUGAUUGUGAACAAUCCACAUUUGAUUAAAAAGCUUUCAGAGUCACCUCCUAUCAAAAAUUCUGCAAGGGUCGUGGCCGGCAUCAUAAACAAGGCUCGAUAUAAUGCUGAAGAUAAAGUAGACGAAAUUACAGAAAAGGCAAAAGAUGCGAUGAAACAUAAUUCAGUGAAACAUGAACAGACCGAGUCGUCAGCGGUACCAGGGUCGUUUACGGAAACAUUCACCAAGGAAAUGAAAGAAGGCUUCAAAGGUUUAUUUGAACAGUUAGAACGAGAGAAAGAACUCGAAAAAGAACGUCAAGAAUUGAAAGAAAAGUUAAAAAAAGAAAACAAAAAAUAGUGCAUGUGUUAUUUUGCGUGAUACUUACGUAUUACAAGUUGUACAAGGAAAUGGGUAAUUGUGUUUAAAGACCAACAUUAGGCAGACUGUGUUUUAAUAGAUGGAGGUUUCCAAACACAAGUCAAGUUUGAGUUCUUAGCUUCAAGAUUUUGUGUAAGGCUCAAUACAAGUCUGUGUGUGAAUACUUAAUUAUAUCGAUUGUGUUGAGAAGAGUAUUUUAAAAUUAUUGAUGUUUAGAACUAAAGCUGCUUAAAUGUGAUAAACUAAAUGAUGAGGUCAUGAGACGUAAAGGGUCUCUCUGCCUUAGAAUGAUGGUGUUAAUGAUGGAAUAACUAUAUUUUAAUGAGAACUCGGAGUGAAUCAUUUAUCAUUUAGGAUGAGCAUAAUGUUAAAACUUAAAUGGGAGUGACCACCACCUUUAUACCAACAUAAUUAACAGAUACAUUUCUAACAUUGUUGUAAAUAGUUGUAAAUAAAUAAAUAUUGAAAUUGA